CUUCGUAUUUUUUUUAAUUGCAAUGUAAGUCUGUGUUUUGCUUUUGGAUUUCAAAGAAGGAAAUUAUAUGGUCACUACUCACUAGAACAUUACAAGAAAAAAGAGAGAGAAAGUCAUGGAAGAUUUCGAAAGAGAAAAAGAACUAAAAGCUUUUGAUGAAACAAAACUUGGUGUCAAAGCACUUGUUGAUGCAGGCAUCACCAAGGUCCCUCGUAUCUUCCAUCAUCCACAUGAUAACACCAAAAUCGCAUCACAGUCAGAAGAUACAAAAAACUAUGCUAUUCCUGUGAUAGAUCUAGCUAACAUUCACCAAGAUCCAUGUGCACGCAAAAGCGUUGUUGAAAGUAUUAGAGAUGCAUCAGAGACAUUUGGAUUUUUUCAGAUUGUAAACCAUGGCAUCCCUGUGAGUAUUUUGAAUCAAAUGAAAGAUGGAGUGUUAAAUUUUUUUGAACAGGAUAAUGAAGUGAAGAAGGAGUUUUAUACUCGUGAACCAAAACCCUUCAUGUAUUAUAGUAAUAUUAAACUAUACAAAGCAGUUGCAGCUACUUGGAAAGAUACUUUCCUUUGCAAUAUGGCUCCUGUUCCCCCUAAACCAGAAGAUCUGCCAAUUGUAUGCAGGGACAUAUUGUUGAAAUACUUGAACCAAGUGAAGAAAUUGGGGAAUGUAUUGUUUGAGUUACUAUCAGAAGCUCUUGGUUUGAAUCCGAGCUAUUUAAGAGAUUAUGGCUGUGCGGACGGUUUAUAUGCUUUCGGUCAUUACUAUCCGGCAUGUCCUGAACCUGAAUUAACUUUGGGAGCGGUAAAACAUGCUGAUGUUGUUUUCUUGACCGUGCUUCUUCAAGAUCAUGUUGGUGGCCUUCAAAUUCUUCAUAAGGAUAUGUGGAUUGAUGUGCCUCCUGUACCCGAUGCUCUUAUCAUUAACAUGGGUGAUUUAAUACAGCUUGUCACGAAUGAUAAAUUCAAGAGUGUUCAUCACAGAGUAGUGGCAAAUCUUGGAGCACCAAGAGUGUCUAUUGCAAGCUUUUUUGGCACAAUUUAUCAUGAAUCUACAAGAAAGUUUGGUCCCAUCAAGGAACUAUUAUCUGAAGACAAUCCUGCAAAAUAUAGAGAAACUUCAAUUUCAGAAUUUGUAGUUCACUUUACAACAAAAUGCCCUACUGUCAUCUUACUACCUCCGGUAGUCCAUCCUUUUCCGGCUCCGACCAUCAAACCUUUGCUGCUAAUGCUGCCGUCACAUGCUAAUUGGAUGCUGCUGUUUGCCGUCGUGUCACCGAUGUUUCAAUCUCAAUUAUCUCCAAACGUGGAUUGUUUCAUAUUUGUAAAAUCACUAACUGAAAAAGAAUUAGUUAUAAUGAAGAAGACAAUAUUGUGGUAAAGUUGCAAUUGAGUUUUUUUGUGUUUGAGAUUGCCAUGCUUCUAUGUUAAUAGGGGAGAGCAACAAAGCUAUUGACAACAUAAAGACAAAGAGGCAUAAAGGCAGAAAGAUCACUAUGCAAAACUGAAGUCAUCUCACUGGUUUUUUUGUGCAGACAGACAUAAAAGACCCUAAUGCAGAUUUUGAACCUAUCUCAUUGGUUUUUGAGAGUGAUUGAUUUUUUAAGUUUUGUUUUAGAACAUAAUGAACUAUGAAAUAUAUUUCAAUUGAAAGUGAUUAGGACAAAGUAACUCAAUUAGUGUAUACAUAAUGUAAGAAUUAUAGCCAUGAUUGGUUGUAUAAAAUAGAAAGUGACUUGUAUGAAGCUUAAAGUAUUUUCUAUGUAAUACAAGAUAGCAUCAUGAUAACAUUUGACA